GUAUCACAGCCGAUUCCAUUCAGAGACUUCCUUGGGGCCGAGCGGUUGCCACUGCCGGUCAAGUCGCGGAGGGGCAAAAGCCAGACUUUUGGCUUCACCCUCAAUACCAAAGACCGGCACUUCGAGCUUUACACCUCCAGUGCCGCAGAUGCAGCACAGUGGACGUUUGCGCUGAAUGCUGCCAUGGAGGCCGGCAAGAAGGCCAAAGAAAGGACUCCCCUUGGGGCGCUCAAGGUGGAAGCAAAGAGGCAAAAGCAGGCAUCCCAACAGCUGGAGGAGGACCAAUCUCUUCCUCCUCCGUCUCUUCCAUCGCAGCUCCCUCCCAGCGCGGAAGAGGAGGAAGAGGCGGCACGCAAAGCGGAGCUUCACCAGGAGGAAGCUGAGGCCGUCAAAAGACAGGCUGAGGAGGCCGAGGCGGCCAAGAGAAAGGUUGAGGAGGAGGAAGAGGCGCGAAGACGGCAGGAGGAGGAAGCAGAGCUCGUCCGAAAGCAAGCCGAGGAAGAGGCCGAGACCGCUAGAAGAAAGCUGGAGGAGGAGCAAGCUGCACAGAGGUUGCAGGAGGAAGCAGAAGCCGCCCGAAAGCAAGUCGAGGAAGAGGCCGAAGCUGCCAGAAGAAAAAUGGAGGAGGAAGCCGAGGCCGCCCGAAAGCAAGCAGAGGAAGAGGCUGAGGCUGCCAGAAGAAAAAUGGAG